AUCGUUUAGUAGAACCCCAGAACCCGAGAUCUAUUUUGUGCAUCUUCUCUCGCUCUCUCUCCCUCCGUUCUUCAUCCUUCGUCUCCUAAAAUUGAAUCUCUCUUUUGAAUUCAAGUAAACGAAGAUCCGUCCAACAGAUCUCACCUGACUUUCACAAUGGAUAAUCCUAUUCAAGAGAUUCUGGAGAAGCAACUUUUGACGGUGGCGAAAGCAAUGGAGGACAAGCUUGACGAGGAGAUCGCGUCCCUGGAAAAGCCUGACGAGGACGAUCUAGAGGUGCUGAGGGAGAGAAGGUUGCAGCAGAUGAAGAAAAUGGCGGAGAAAAGGAAACGUUGGAUGAGUCAUGGACACGGCGAAUACUCCGAGAUCCCCUCCGAGAAAGAUUUCUUCGCCGUCGUCAAGGCCAGCGAACGCGUCGUCUGCCACUUCUACCGCGAGAAUUGGCCCUGUAAAGUGAUGGAUAAACACAUGAGUAUAUUAGCAAAGCAGCACAUUGAGACACGUUUUGUGAAGAUCCAAGCUGAGAAAAGUCCAUUCUUGGCUGAGAGGCUCAAGAUUGUCGUUCUUCCCACUCUUGCCCUCAUAAAGAACACUAAAGUCGAUGAUUAUGUGGUUGGGUUCAAUGAGCUGGGAGGGAAAGACGAUUUCAGCACCGAGGACCUGGAAGAGAGAUUAGCUAGAGCCCAAGUGAUCCACUACGAAGGAGAAUCAUCUCAUAAACCAAAGUCUACAACACAAACCAGGAGGAGCGUAAGGCAGAGUGCUAAUUCAGAUUCUGACUCGGAAUAAAUCCCAAGUUUUGACAACGGUUCGCUCGUCGUCUCAUGAUCCACACUAUCUUUACCCUUGUUUUUUGUGUGUGAGUGUUGCAAUGCAAAAGAGGAAUAUGGCGAGCUUCUUGGUGAGUUGUAUCGAACGAAUUAAGUUAUGAUUUGUAAUUCAAAGCAAUUCAGUCGUCUUUUUAAUGAUCUAAUAUGGAUGUUUAACC